AUGCAGCCUGAGCCAGCUCUUUUGGCCUCCUUUCUACUGCUGCUGCCCCUGGUGCUUCCAGGACAGCCUCAGCUGGUGAGAAGUGCAUUGAACUCCGUGGAUGAGAGUGGUACUUUCCAGUGUGUGGUUCAUCUGCCCAACAACUCUAUCUUCCUGCAGCAGCUGGAGCAGCUACAGAGUACAUUACAGGAUCUCAUUGGCAAGUAUGAAGAACAGCUGUCCAGGGCCAAGGAGUAUGCUUAUAUCACUGAAGAUCAAGACAGCCAGACUCUAGAACUGAGUCACAUGCUGGAGUCCAAGAAUCCCAGUGUAACUAUGUCCCAGUAUGACAACCCAGCCUUCAACCUGCUACGUCUGGAGCUGGAAGGAGCACAAGAGUUGGCAGCCCAGCUUCAGGCCAAGGCAGGUGUCAGUGGGGCCACAGAGCUCCUCCAACAACUCCAGAACCAGGUCACUAAUGCCAGUCUGACCCUGAAGCUUCUGGCUGACUCUGACUACCAAAGCUUCCGUACUCUCCGAGAGGAGGUAGAUAUCCUUGAGGGCCGACUAAGUGAGUGCGAGAGGGAGAAGGAACAGGAACAGUCUUCCAGCUACUCUGGUCCACCCCUGGCUCCCGGUUCCUGCACUCAUGGAGGCCUACAGAAAGUGAGCAGACCCCUUGUGCUGAAGCUCAACUGGAGGGGUUUAUCAUACAAGGCAGGUGCCUGGGGCCGAGACUCAGCACCCAAUCCAACUUCUUCCCUUUACUGGGUGUCUCCUCUGCGUGCUGAUGGCAGGUACUUUGACUACUACAGGCUGCACAGGUCCUAUGAUGACCUGCUGCUGCUGAAGCACUAUGAGCAGUGGAAGAUGGGCUACGGUGAUGGCAGCGGCAAUACCGUGUACAAGAACUUCAUGUACUUUAACUACUAUGGCACAAGAGACAUGGCCAAGGUGGACCUUUCUUCCAACACCCUAGUGCUGCGACGUCCAUUGCCUGGUGCCACCUACAACAACCGCUUCUCAUAUGCUAGUGUGCCUUGGACUACCUUCGAUUUUGCUGGUGACGAGAAGGGGCUGUGGGUGCUCUAUGCCACAGAGGAGAGCAAGGGUAACCUGGUAAUAAGUCGUCUCAAUGACAGCACCCUAGAAGUUGAGCAAACCUGGUAUACCAGCCAGUAUAAGCCUGCUCUUUCAGGGGCCUUCAUGGCCUGUGGGGUUCUCUAUGCUUUGCGCUCACUAAGCACUCGUCAAGAGGAGAUCUUUUAUGCUUAUGACACCACCACUAGUCAGGAACACCACCUCAGCAUCCUGUUGGACAAGAUGCUGGAAACACUGCAUGGCAUCAAUUACUGCCCUUGGGACCACAAGCUCUAUGUUUACAAUGAUGGAUUCUUAAUAAAUUAUGAUCUUACCUUCCUGACACUAAAGGAAAAGCUGCCAAGCUCUCCCAUUAAAAGGCCUCCUGGGGCUUUAGCUCCAUCCAAACCUAUCAAGUUCAGCAAACCCUCCGGGCCGGGAGACUCUGACUGA